AUGCCGUCCUCGCCGUCUGUUCAUUCGAGUCCAUCGAAAUCUCAUAGUCCUUCACAACGCCCAUCACCUCCUCAAGAACUACCGGAGCCCGACAACCCGCACGGCAAUCUGCUGGAAGUGGAUGAUGACCCCGAUUCAGAUUUUCCAGAAGAAGACAGCGCAAGCGAUACAACGUCAAUAAAAACGGACAUUUGUGCUUAUAGAUUCGAGAACGGCAGAAGAUACCACGCAUAUAAGGCUGGUGCCUAUUGGGGACCCAACGAUGAUCGGCAAAACGAGCAACUCGAUAUCGCGCAUCAUAUGUUUUCGCUUUUAUUAAACGGCAGACUUCUCCUUGCGCCAAUCGAUGAAAAUAUACAAACUGUCCUUGACCUUGGGACCGGCACGGGAAUAUGGGCUAUUGAUUUUGCCGACGAAUAUCCUUCCGCUGAGGUUAUCGGAACCGACCUAUCGCCAAUUCAGCCUGCCUUUGUCCCACCAAACCUCCGGUUUGAAAUCGAUGAUGCGAGCGAAGAUUGGACGUUUCCGGAGGACCACUUCGAUUUGAUACAUAUUCGCGCCCUUUAUGGCGCGAUAUCAGACUGGCCAAAACUUUACUCUCAAGCUCUUAAGCAUUUAAAACCUGGCGCAUGGUUCGAUCAGAUCGAGAUGUCAAUAGAAUUCAGAUCAGACGACGGAACCGUUACUGACGAUCAUGUACUUGCAGUAUGGUCGCGGACGUUCAUUGAAGCUGGUGAAAGGAUUGGCAAGACCUUCCGCAUCGCUGAUUUGGCCAAAAAAUAUAUGGAAGAUGCCGGCUUCGAAAAUGUUGUGGAGACGAGGUUCAAACUCCCCGUAGGAGGCUGGGGGAAAGACAAACAGAUCAAGCGACUCGGCCAGUGGAAUCUUCUCCAUUGCGAAGAGGGCAUUGAAGGCUGGGCCAUGGCCUUGCUUACCAGAGUCAUGCAGUGGACUUAUGAGGAGGUCCAAAUAUUUUUAGCUAAAAUGCGGGCCGGGCUUCGCGACCCGAAGACCCAUGCAUACUUCUAUGUGUAA